AUGUCCACCACCCAGAAGACCCAGAAGCCCAAGGCUGGCCGUUCCGCCAUUGCCGAUGUUGUCGCUCGCGAGUACACCAUCCACCUGCACAAGCGUGUUCACGGUGUUUCCUUCAAGAAGCGCGCUCCCCGCGCCAUCAAGGAGAUCAAGGCCUUCGCUGAGAACGCCAUGGUGAGUUUUGACCUUUACCCCUCGUGUCCAGUCUACGCUGACUCGUUUUCUCCACCUCUANNGGGCACUCGCGAUGUCCGCCUCGACCCCCAGUUGAACAAGAAGGUCUGGGAGUGUGGUGUUAAGGGUGUUCCCUUCCGCCUCCGUGUCCGCAUCUCGCGCAAGCGUAACGACGAGGAGGGCGCCAAGGAGAAGCUCUACUCCUACGUCCAGGCCGUCAACGUCAAGGACCCCAAGGGUCUCCAGACCACCGUCGUUGAGGACGCAUAA